UGGCAAAUUGCAAAAAGAAGAGGCACUAUAAGUUUGUGUGAUCAAAGCAAGUGAAGUUGGUGAAAGACUUAAGACUUUGACAGUAGAAAUGGCAAGGCGAAAGGCAAAUCUGCGCACACGUCCCAAGAGUGUUACAUUGGAAAGAGCUUCUUCACAAGAUGCGGAUGAAGUGGGGGACCAAGAAAUGCAUGAAGCUUCUACACAAGCUUCUACACAAGUUUCUACACAAGGAUCAGAUGUGCAACCAGCUAAACGUGUCACUCGCGGGCCAAACAAGUACUUGGAAAUUUGGGAUCUUCCCGAUGAUCAAGAAAUUGAGUUGCCACUAAAUAGCAUGCAUCAGCCGGUUGAUGAGGGGGCGAGGACUUUCACUGGUUUCUUGGGUACGAUUGCACAGAAACCUCACAUGUGCUCGAUUAAAUACCUUGACUGGAAGGCCAUGCCAGAAGAACUUAAAGAAGAGUGUUGGCGUCUUGUAAAGGACAAAAUGAAGGAUUUGUUGGUUGACACUAAGAAUCAAUUGCAAUCAUCUGACACAAGUGGUAGUAUUGCAUGGUCAAGAGAUGAUGUGUUUGCCAAAGUGAUGGGUAAGGAGUACAAAGGUCACAUUCGUGGGGUAGGAUUUGGUCCAACCCCAAGUGGUCAAAGUAGCAAGACUGCUCUCACGGACAGUGAAAUACGAUCAAGUCAAGCAAGGGACAACGAAGUUGCACAAUUGAAGGCUUCCUUGGCUACUAUGGAGGAGAAACUAGCAGGUUUUGACGAAAUGAAGGAAAAAGUUAGUCAAUUCGAAGAAAUGGAGCAAAGAAUGGCUCGCAUGCUUCAACAAAUGCAACAAACUACACAAUGCAAUCAGGAUGCUCCUCUGAUCGAACAAUCUCUAGCUCUCCCUAAAUCAUCAGCCGCAUCUCAUCAACCAAGAAGCUUAUAAGUUUUAUCUUGGAGUUCUUGGACUUUUUUGUGUACAGAGAACUAUGGAAGAACAACCGCAUUUUUUGCAAGUGUUGAAAGAUAUUUUUAAACACUUUAGAAUUUUGAUUAUAGUAUUAGAUUAAUUUUAGCGGUUGUUUUAUUCAAAUGACCACAUCUUUUUUUUGUUAAUUUAAAGAUGGUGGUUAUAGACAAUGUUAUGUAUUUGAUAAUAUAUUUCUAUGUUAAUAUUAUGUUAGUUUCAAGACA